GGAGCAAAUGACACUAAAGAACUGGGCGGGUCUUGUCACUUCCCGUGAUACUUUGCAUUUUGGGUUUUUUGGCCCUUGCGAGGUGCCGUAGUAUUCCGUAGCACAGCGCUCUGGCCUCGAUUAUUGGAAGCUUUCUGUGAAGGUCGUGCAGCGAAAGAUUAUUCAGCAUGUCUCUUCCAAAGCCUCAGAUGAGAGGUCUCCUUGCGAAAAGGUUGAGGUUUCAUCUGCCCAUUGCUUUCGGGUUGGCUCUGUUUGCAGCCGCUGCAUUCAAGUUCACAGUCACAGAGCCACGGAAACAGGCUUAUGCUGACUUUUACAAGCAGUAUGAUGCCAUAAAGGAGUUUAACAGUAUGAAGGAGGCUGGGGUUUUUGAGAGCGUGAGGCCCUCUGGUGAAUAAAUUGAUGGUGCUUCUGUCUCUGCAUUUCUGUUGUAUCCUUCCCCUUACUGGAUGUUAAAUAUAUUAUAAACAUACAAAUAAACCAUUGUCAACUUCUGUACAUGUGCAGCAAUUUCUUGAGCCAUUGAAAAAUAAAAUGUCUGUUGACCCUC